UGCGCUAAUACACUUUUUUAAUAUUUUUGUUAUAGGUGCCCGCAUCAAGCGAAAAUCUUUAUUUGAAUUUUGGCGUUCAAUACCCGCUAAGGGGCGUUUAACCCAAAUGAUUAACUUCGUGAAGACGACACUUGGUGAACCGAUCCUUAGUCAAGAAGAAGAAAGGCUGUUGCGUGCUUUGAUGAAAAAUGAAAGUGAGAAAAUUCGUGAAAAAUGGGAGCGUAAACAAAGAAAGCUGGAUUUGUUUUUACAAUCUUAUGAGGACUGGCUUAGUGAAGAUUUGGUUUUAGAUAUGAUCUCUGUGCCUUCACAAUUAAGUUCCUUUCGUGGAAGACCGAAAAAAAGUUUUGAAAACAGUUCAAAAAAGACGAAAACGCGUAAAGUCCAACAUUUGUUACAUGAAUAUAGCAAAGAACAGUUGGCUUAUGCUACACAAUUGAGCGUUAGAUCCAGUGGCAAACGUGACGCUGCUGAUUUGAUACAAGAAGUAUCAAUGGCUUCACCAAGACGUGCAACUACGUAUAAGCAAGCUCGAAAACGUAUUUAUUCUAGAAGCGGAAGCAGUGUGUUUUCUGAGAAAAAACAACGAAGCAUUCCACGAAGCACACCCAAAAGAAGCCCAUAGAAACAAACCAUACAGUAAACACAAGAUAUAUAAAAACAAUAAUACCUCGUGGCGGUGCAUUAAAAAAAGGUGUAGUGGCUUUCUCACAUUAAAUACCAUGGAAGAAAUUAUUAAAAUAAAGGAACAUCAAUGUGCCUCAAACGUUUCGGAGAUUCAAAUUAAGGAAGCGAUGCAUGAACUCAAUCAGCAAGUAGUUUCUACCAUGGAGCCCAUUCCUACAAUCUACAAGCAAAAACUUAAUGAAACAUUGGACCGAGGAUUGAAUUUAGUCAGCACUGAUAUGCCGCAAUUUAAAAAUGUCAAGUCCGGCCUCUACAUUAGGAGAAACAAAUCUCUCGGUGUGAAUAGAUUGUUUGCGAAGUCACUUAUGGAUGUACAAGUAAGUAACGUUAAAAUAUUAUUUUGUGAAAGAAAGAAACUCAUGGGUGUUUCAAAGAAAGUAAUUUGUUUUUACUUUAUUCAAUAGGUAUGCACACGUAAAUAUUUGUGACAAUAAACAAUAAUUAUUUAUUUUAGUUAUACUGCUGAAGAAGCGUUAGCUAUGUUCAUUUCAAAAACGGUUCACACGUAUAAAAAUUUACAACAGGAAGCUAAAGAGAGAGGAUACCGGUUUUAUCCCUGCUACGAUUAAUUUGCAAGAGUCAAAAAAGAUUGCUGUCCUCCUGUGGAAUUCAUUUCUUUGAGUGAUACAUGGGCUGAGGUCCAGCUUCAAGCUCUUUUAGAACACACGUCUACAAGAAUAUGUAAAAAUGUGCUCGGGGAUGUAUUGUUGAAUUCGACAGAAGAAUUAAAUUAAACCUACUAUGAUAUACAAGUGGGGAUGUUACGGUUCUUCAGGACUUAGUUUGUAUAAACAACGUUUUGAAAAUGAAGAGAGCACGGAUGAAUAUAUGUUUAUUAUAUCGUUGGUCCCCUUGAGACUUGUGCCAACGAUAAAAUCUUAUGGGAAAAUCCACGUCCAUCUUCUCCAAGAUUUUGUAAAAUAAUAAGGUUUAUCUACCAGAAAGAAACGGACCAACUAAUUAAAAAGGAAUGUGAAUACAUUCAAAAACAGAUUAAAGAAUUAACACCAACUCAUCUGAAAAUAAUUGAAUCUAAUAUAUUUGUUAGUCAUCAUAUGAUCCUCUCUAUGUUAGAUGGCAAAGUAUGCAAUGUCUUGACUGAAAAUAAAUCUGCCCAGAGAUGCUACAUUUGCAAAGCAACCUCAACCGUAAAUGAAUUCAAAUAACAAGACAGCCUGAUAAAUACAUGUAUGAAUUUGGAAUAUCACAAGUCUUCAUGCGUAUAUUCGCACUAUGGAGUGUCUUUUAAAUAUUUCUUAUCGUAUGGAAUUUAAAGCAUGGCAGGCAAGAGGACCGCAAAUGCAGCAAAUGAAAAAGAAACGAAAGGAAGGAAAUUAGAAGAAUUUCAAGGAUGUUAGGUCUUAUUAUUGACAAAGUUAAACCCGGAUUUGGUACUAGUAAUGAUGAAAAUAUUGCACGGGCAUUCUUUUACAAUAGUUGUGAAACAGCGCGUAUAACAGGUCUAGAUAAGAACCUCAUCGAACGUUUCGGGACUAUACUUGCAGUCAUCGCUUUUGGUUACGAAAUUGACUCGGACAAGUUCCAACAAUAUUGCACACAAACUCGGGACUUGUAUUUAAAAUUGUAUCAUUGGUAUAAUAUGCCAGUGACUGUCCACAAGAUUUUAGUGCAUGGCGCAGACAUUAUAAGACAUUUGAUUAUACCUCUAGGCCAAAUGUCUGAGGAGGCUUCAGAAGCCAAGAAUAAAGAAAUUAGAAAAGUGUGAUUGAGUCACACAUUAAAAACUCCGCGUCAUAGAACUAAUUAUAACUUAAUCAAGAAUAUGUUGAUAUCAUCUGACCCACAUAUAACCUUAUUGAGGAAACUGCCACAAAAAAACAAAUACAAAAAACAAAGAUUUGUUGUUUUUACUAAAAAGUAAAUAAAUACAGUUAUAAAAAUCACAAAUUGUUUUUAAUUUUAUUAUUACACUCUCCAUCUAUAAUUUACAGUCAUUUAUUAUCAUAUACUUGCAUUUCUGAUUUUUGUCCACCUAGUUUUGUCAAAUCGCAAACUGUGUGACGGUACGUAUACAGGGUUAUUGGAAACUCGACGUAUUCCCGUCAAGACGUGAUAGAAUAGGUCAAAUGCAACUAAUUUGACCACCUAUAUGUAUGGCGGAAAGUUAACGGUUAGCGAGAUAUUCUGAAUUAUGUGAUUGUGUUAAAAUAUCCAAUUUUUCUCAGUUACAACAUAAUUAAAAAAAAAAUCGGCCAUUGUGCGUCAUUACUAGGGCCCGGAUUAAUAUGUAAGUACAUAUUUUUAAUUUACGCGAUUUUCGGCCUAGAAUGUGUUUUUUACGUCGAUUCUCAUAUUUAGACUGUGAAAAACUAAGUUUUAUUUUCCAUAUUUCAAAGUUAAGUCUAUAUUUUACAAGAAAAUAUCACAAUCAUCCAUAUAUUUACAAAAAUACAUAAAAUUUACGUUCCCGCUACUACGCGGCUCCCUAUUUCGUUUCUCUCGCGUUUCAUAGUCGCGUCGGUAGGUACUAGCCAGCCAGCGAGUAGCGACGCGCGCGGCGGCGGCGCCGCGCCACUGAGUUGCGCCCGGCGAUGCGCAGGGGGUGCGUAGGCGGACUCUUCACUGACAGUAAGAGCUAGUUCAGACAUGGCGGAAUCCGUGCGGAUGCAAAUCGCGCGGUUAGACCGCGCGGAUCUUAUUUACAUUAGCGCCUAUAAAUUCGUUCAUACCUGUCCGCGCGGAUUGACAAACCGCGCGGCUACCGCCACUCAACCGCUAGAAAAUGAAUUCGCGCGGUUGCCGCUCGGAUCUAUUUACUUGACGUACCUAGAGCGCGUUCAGUUGCUCUGCGGAAGCCGCGCGUAUCGGACGGUGACAAUGGAUCGCUUCGACACCGAGCUAUUCAUCGAUGAGGUGGAAAAGAGACCUGCUUUGUGGGACAUCCAAUGUGCAGAAUAUUCCAAUAAAAUUAUUAGAAACGGAGCUUGGCAGGAGCUGGUGGAGAUUUUUGGAGAAAAUGAGGAUUCUUUGGAAAAAAAGGUUCUUUUUGGUGUAACAUUACAAAAAAAGUGGAAGAAUAUACGGGAUGCUUAUAAUAAGGAAUUCAAGAAAGGCAAAUCAAUUCCUUCUGGUUCUGGUGCAUGUAAAGGUUCAAAAUACAUGUAUUUUGACCGGCUUUCUUUUCUUCAGAAGACAGUAGAAAACAAAGAAACGACAUCAAACAUACAUGAAGCCAAAAAUGAAGGAAUUCAAAACAUUGACCAAAACCAAGAUAAUUUUGUUAAUGCACGUGAAAUACAACCAGUACCCAAUAAAAGGAAGAAGACUAAAAUUACUUCAGAAGAGCGAUUGGCUGACAUAUUAGAAAAUAGCAUUGAAUCAAGGGAUAAAAUACAGAGACAAUUACAAGAAAGUAUGUCAAAGCAAGAUGAUGAUGAUAAGCUUUUUUGUAUGUCAUUGUAUAAAGAAUUAAAAAAAGUUCCAGAAAAUAAGCGUUUGGCUACUAAAAUUGAAUUACUCCAGGUAAUACAGAAAGGGCAGAAAUUACCAGCGCCUAUUCAUAUCACGAGCCAGCAGAACACGCCUAAUGAAGUAUUUUAGCAAAACCAACAAUAUUCAAACCCACAAGGAUAUUUUACAGGAUAUUCUACAAUCGUACCAGGAGAGUCUCCAUCGCCUUUAUCAUGCAAUAGCACUGACGACUCACAGUCUUCUAUAGUACAAAACAUAUAUUCUGAUGUAUAAAAUAAAUAUCUUACCUUAAUGUAA